CCUCAAAUCAUCACACCACGUGCCAAGAAGCCCACGCACGCCAAGAACAACAGCACACCCACACACCCACACCAGUCAAGAUGGGGAUGAAACCUGUGGCAAAGAAAGCUCGCUCGAAGAGCAAGCGUAUCAAACUCAAGGACAAGCACAAAAUCCGCCGCAAGGUGGCAGAACACAACCGCAAGCUGCGACGCAAGCAACGGCUUGAAGGAAAGAGCACAUUGAAAAAGGACCCCGGCGUGCCAACCAUGCACCCGCUUCGCAAACAGAUUCUGAAGGAGGUGGAGGAUGCCAAGGAGCAAGCCGAACAGGAGAAGCUGCAGCGCCGCAAGAUGCUGCGCGAGGCACGCGAGUCGCUCCGCUCCCAGACGCACGACCUGGCCCAACUGCAAAAGGAGGCUGAGAUGCGCAGCCGCGUUUUCGAGACGGCCAUGGAUAUGGACGAGGCCGAUCCCGCAGGUGCCGCCAAGGACCAGUCCCGCCGCAACUUCUUCCGCCACUUUGCACAGGUUGUUGAGGAAGCAGACGUCAUCCUGCAGGUGCUGGAUGCCCGCGACCCCAUUGCCAGCCGCUCUGACAUUGUGGAGUCGCUCGUGACGAGCUCUGCCUCGCGCAAGCGCCUCGUCCUCGUCCUCAACAAGAUUGACCUCGUGCCGCGGGAGGAAGUGCUCAAGUGGGUGCAGCGCCUGCGCAACGAGUUCCCGACCAUCAUGUUCAAGUCGUCCACACAGUCACAGCGCAGCAACCUCACCCACACCAACGUGGGCGGCUCCGGCUGCUUUGGCGGCGACAGCCUGCUCCAGCUCCUUCAGAACUACGCCCGCAACAAGGACCUCAAGAUGGCAAUCACAGUCGGCGUCGUUGGGUACCCCAACGUGGGCAAGAGCUCGCUGAUCAACUCGCUGAAGCGCGCAAAGGCGGCGCAGGUUGGCGCUAUGCCCGGCAUCACCCGCGGCGUCCAGCGCGUCAUGCUCACAAAGAAAAUCUGCCUCCUCGACAGCCCAGGCAUUGUGUUCUCGUCCAAGACGGAGGUGUCGUCGCUUGCGCUGCGCCACUGCAUCCGCGCGGAUGCGAUCGAGGAUCCCAUCACCGCCAUUGGGCAGCUCCUGCGCCGCUGCGACCUCACACACAUCAUGGAGAUGUAUGGCCUGCCACGCUUCUCCUCCACCAUGGAGUUUCUGCAGCUGCUCGCGCGGCGACUGGGCAAGCUGAAGAAGGCCGGCGUGCCGGACAUUGAGGCGGCGGCGCGGCAGGUGCUGCACGACUUCCACACGGGCAAGAUUUCGUUCUACACAAAGGCACCGGAGAGCUACAAGCCAGAGAACAUGCUCAGCGCGCAGAUUGUGUCGGGGUGGGCGCAGGAGUUCAACCUCGAGGCAAUUUACGAGAAGAACAAGGCCGUUGUACAGAAGCUCUCGGGCGAAAAGGCGCUUAAGAAGAUGAAGCGGUUUGCGCUUGAGCCGACGGAGAAGCCCGCAGACGACGUCGGCGCCAUCCGUAUCACAGGCGGCGCUGGAGGCGAGAAUGCAGAUGCCGGAGAAGGCGAUAUGGACGUGGGGGAGGAAUGAGCACAGUGAAUGUGCCAAGUGUUUGUUGGUGGUUGGAACAGACAGGCGUCUCCUUUCGGUGUUUACUACAUAUCCGGCUGCCAGAGUGUGUCGCGUGCGUGUGCGUAGCUGUUGUUGUGCGGUUCUGGACGCGUUGUUGGUGUCACAUUGCACGUUUGACUGGUGUAACAACCUCUUUUCCCUCUUCCUCCUCUUCUUCUUCUCUUUGCUCCUGUCUUCCUGUCCCUUGUGCCUUUGAUGACGAUUAAACCUUUGCGCGCACCAC